CUGAUCCAGGAGGCCAUGGCCAAAAGCGUGGCAGUAAUUGGAGCCGGUUCCUGUGGACUGCCUGCCAUAAAGUGCUGUUUGGAUGAGGGUCUGGAGCCCACCUGCUUUGAGAAAAGCGACCACAUCGGGGGACUCUGGAAAUUCCAAGAGUGCAGUAUCGAAGGCAGAGCUAGCAUAUACAAAUCUCUGACUAUCAACACCUCUAAAGAGAUGAUGAAUUACAGUGACUUCCCCAUUCCAGAAGAUUAUCCCAAUUAUAUGCACAACAGUCAGAUCAUGGACUAUUUCCAUUCGUACGCCAAGCACUUCGACCUGCUAAAGUACAUAAACUUCAAGACCACAGUGCUCAGUUUAAAGAAACGACCAGAUUUCUCUGUCACUGGCCAGUGGGAGGUGGUCACUGAGACUCAAGGAGAGAAGAAGUCGGCCAUCUUCGAUGCCGUCCUGGUUUGUACUGGCCAUCAUAUUGACCCUUACUUACCACUGGAGUCUUUCCCGGGCAUAAGUAAGUUUAAAGGGCAGUAUCUGCACAGCAGGGAAUACAAGUACCCAGAAAAAUUCAAAGACAAGAGGGUCGUCAUGAUCGGCCUGGGGAACUCCGGAGCCGACAUCACUGUGGAUCUCAGUCAUUCUGCCAAGAAGGUAUUUCUGAGCACCAGGUCGGGAUCGUGGGUGUUAAAUCGGGUUUCGGAUGCAGGCUACCCCCUCGAUGUCAUUCAUUUCACUCGCUUCAAAAAUUUUAUCCGACACGUUGUGCCCCUGGGUCUGCUGAACAUGUGGGGGGAGAACAAAUUGAACUCAAGAUUCAAUCAUGCCAACUAUGGACUGAAGCCUCCCUUCAGGUUUCUCAGCAAAUACCCCAUAGUGGGAGAUGACCUUCCCAAUGCCAUUAUUUCUGGCCGGGUGACUGUGAAGCCAAACGUGAAGGAGUUUACCGAAACAGCUGUGAUUUUUGAAGAUGGCACCCAGGAAGAGGACAUCGAUGUGGUUAUCUUUGCCACAGGCUACUCUUUCUCAUUUCCCUUCCUCGACGAAUCUGUCCUCAAAAUCAACCAGAACCACCAGGUCUCCCUGUACAAAUUCAUCUUCCCCCCGUAUCUGGAGAAACCCACCCUGGCCAUUAUCGGCCACAUCCAACCCUUGGGUGCCAUCAUGCCAGUGGCAGAACUGCAAGCUCGUGGGGCCACACGGGUCUUCAAGGGCCUGAUCCAACUCCCUAAAGAAGACGUCAUGAUAGCUGACAUUAUCAAGAAGAUAAAGGAUAAUGAGAAACGGUACGUGCCCAGUCUGCACAUCACCCUGCAGGUGCAGUACAUCGACUACAUGGAUGAAAUGGCUGCCUUCGUGGGUGUGAAGCCUCCCCUGUUGUCGCUCUUCCUCACUGACCCUAGGCUGGCUUGGGAAGUCCUGUUCGGCCCGUGCUCGCCCGCGCAGUAUCGGCUGACUGGACCAGGCAAGUGGGCUGGAGCUCGCGCAUCCAUCAUGGCCCAGAGGGCGAGGAUCGUCAAGGCCACCAAAACCCGGCUGCCUCCCAGCCCCGGCCCCACCAGCCCCUUCUCCUCACCUCUCCUGCUUGUGAAAAGCGUCGGUCUUAUUGCCCUUUUCACGGUGAUUUCUAUUUACUUGUAA